AUGACUACAUAUCCGAUUGGAUGGACCGUGAUUCCACUUACUUUUACUUCAAGUGUAGAAUGUAGUCGAUUUAGCAAACAAUAUGCAUCUAUUACAAUUCCAACCCAGGUAUUAAUCGUAAAACAUCAUCCCGAAUUUCCCAAUUAUAUCAUGUUAGGGUUUGAUUGGUUCACCGGUCGAAAAUAUGAUGAUGAAGAGCUCCAGACAUAUAGAGCGGAAAUUGUAACUGACGCGGAGGAUGGUUGGGUAAGAACAACUCUUCGUAUCAAAAAUCUUGCCGGAAGGAAAGGAAAAUCCAUAGUAGUACCUGUGUAUAAGUUUGAUAAUCAGUCGGGUUCUUCUGAUUCUCGCUUACAGCAAAAUAAAAGCAAGAAAAAUAAGGUCAAUUAUUCCAUCAUAGAAUCGGAAUCAGAUACUAACUCUGAUACUUCUGAAUCAAGCACUUCUUCGUCUACUUCGGGAUCAGAAGAAACACAUACAUAUAAGAGCGUGCGAAGUCGCAAAGUAAAAAGAAAAAUUAGCCAGAGGUUGCAACUGCCUAAUUAUUGA